AUGUCGUAUUAUCUUGAAAUCAAAUUAGGAACAACUACAAACAAAUUGGAUGACCCUAUUCUUUUACAGUUGGUCGCCAAUAUGGCUGUAACUAAAACCAGAAUCUGUUUUUUAACAACCCCAGAUACUAUGUUCAAAGUAGAGUAUAAAGGGAUUGAGGUUCACAAUGGAGAGAGGACAGUAAGCCUUGCCGUCGCUAAUUUUUCAGAUAAACAUGUUGCGAAAUGCCUCUUCCUGGAAUUGAGUAAGAGGGAAGACUACCGCAUGCAACACGAUGAUCAUAUCGAGCUAAUGGAUUUCAUUGUAAAGCCACAUGCUAACGUUGCGUCUAGUUCAAGUCAUCCCCCCAAUAGCAGCAAUACAGAAAGCUCCAAGGAUGAAGCAAAUCCAAGAAAGCAUCAUCAUGAAGGAUCGGAUGCGCUGGGAAAAGGCAAAUCAAGUGGUCAUGUCGACCCGGGAACUGCACCACCACUGAGAAAACAAUCAAAGCGUGGUGGUGAAACUAAAGGGAAGGGUAAAAAGCUUGAGGAUUUUUUUGCUGCCUUUGGUGAAAAGUUAAAAAUUACAACAAAGAGCACUGAAGAGAAAGAGAAUGCUUCUCAAGCAAACGAAGGGAAAGAUACUGAGACCAAGAAAAAAGAAGUUAGUUCAGGUUUGCAUCGUCGUAUCCUUGGUCCCCUGCAGGAGAAAAACACCUUCACCAGAGUUUCAAAAUUGUUACAUUGGAAUCAUAAAGGAGAAUAUCAUUCAGUGCCAUUACCACGUACCAAUUCGGAGUUGCUUCGUGAUUGA